UCUGGGGGACUCUGGUUUGAAGUGGUCAACCGUCUUGAGAUCCUCAACCAACCUUGAUGGAGGAAUCCAGCUCUAAACUCUACGUUACUACAAGGGAGAGAAAAAAAACCAUUGGCCGUUUCCCGGGCCAAGCUGAACUAUGCACUAGUGAGGAAGCGUCAAAGACGUUCGGCUGGCAGCUGUGUUCAGAAGUUUUUCUCCCUGAUGACAAGGCCAGCAGCUUCCUGCUUCCAUUCCCUGGACCUGUCAAAGUCACCGUUACACUAAGAAAGCAGGACAAGAGCCUAAAGCAGUAUUUAAUAAAAGCAGCGUAUCACUAUGUUGCUCAGAAAGGUUCCUGGAUUCCAAAUGAAGCCAGCCUCCGUUUCUUUAUGGGGACUCCGGAAUCGGAGCUGAAGAGAAACGUUGCUUUUGACUUCCACUGGAACAUCCCUCAGAAAAAAAUCAGAAUUGAAUUCGUCGAGCCCAAGGCAAAAAUGUUACUGAAUGGCAAAAUUGAAAUCUCAAAAUACUCUCGUGCUGGGCAUUUGGAAUUGAUCAUCAAUGAUAACACCAUUUAUUACAUCAAGGGCAGGACCGAUUUGCAAUCCGUGGCUGGGGAGCAAAGAUACGCCAUCCGUCUGGAAGCUAAACUGCUAAGACAUGGAAGUCCUAUUGUCCUCGCAGGAAACCUCACCAAACUGCUUAGCCGGAAAGUGUCACUUUCAGUAUCCUUGGUUAACCUGCUGAAGGAUGUGGCGUUCUUUGCAGUGUGUUUCGAGAGAAAGGCAGAUAAUGAACUAAGGCACUAUUCCCUGGAAGGAGAAACCCACAUUCCUGGUGUUUUGGGGUCUCACAUCAUUUUUCUUCUGCAACAACGAGAACAACUCUGGUCCAACAUCCUAAGAAUUAAAUAUGGGUUGUUUGGAGAUGGCAAGAAGCUUCAGCAUGAAUGCAACAUGGCUCAGAAGUUAAAGCUGGAGAACAACUUGCCAGAUGCUUACAGACUGGAUGUAGAGCACAAAUUUCACUGCACUCAGAAUCUAAUUUACAAUCACAAGGUCCAUUUGCACCAUGAAGACACUGCAACCCAGCUGCAUUCCCGCUUGGAGGCUAACUACGGGAAACACUGGGAUAAAGCCAACAAUAUGAGGAAGGUGAUCAUCAGCCAGAUGUUCAAAAAUCAUUCCCAGGCCACUCUGAGGAGCUACUUCAUGGAGUUCAUGAUUCAAGUGCCUGAAAAGAAUCUGGAUUACAGGACCCGGCUGCAGCAUUCUAGUUCUUUCCACCCUUCUCUUGAAUGCAGCACCAGUUUCAAGGUGCAUUAUAACAACCGCAUCCCUUUUAUAGCCGACCUUCAGUGGAAAAAUAUUUCUGGCCGUUUGCUGAAGAAGUGGGAAGGUACAUUCAACAUGGACACACCCUGGCUGUAUCUGUAUGCCACUCACAAAUUCCACCAGUUCCAGCGUUCGGCUUUCUUCACCACUGCUGAAUUAACCGUCGGUAAAGCUUUUGUUGUCAAGGGUUUAAUCCUGGAGCUCUUUUGCAAAGACAACGACGCUGAGAAAGAAGGCAGGAUUGUGAUCCGCACAUCGACAACCACAUAUCUGAGAGCGUCCACAAUCAACCGUUUCGUGAAAGAUUUCCUGCACAGCCAGAACGAAAUAAUGUCGUUGUGGAGCCAGCUGAUAAAGCACGAGGUUUUCCUGCAAAAUAAUGAACAUUCCAAGUUUCUUCGUUUUAGACUGACGUCUGCAAAGAAGGAAUUUAAUCUGACGGCAGCUUACUGCCACUUGGAAGCGCCUAGAAAAUCAAACAUUUCUACAUCCGUUAUGUGGACAGACCAUAAGAACCCACCUCUUGUCCUGCGGUUUGAGGCGCAGCUAGAAGAAGUGAAGAAAGAAAAAAUGCUUUAUCAGAAACGUGGAACUCUCCUGUUAAGGCAUCCGCUAAGUCUCUCCAUUCCACAAAGUCUUCUUCUCCAGGAAACAUUCACAGUGAACAAGAAGGAGAAGCACUACUCUUUGGAAACCAGACUGGAGAUUGACGAGCGGGAAGACUCCAUUUUAAAUCUCACCUUGGGCUAUUCAGCUAAAAAUCCAUAUGUGUGUGCAAGGUUGACUCACCCCUAUAACAGCAGCAUUUCCCCUCAAAAUACAGAAGCGUGCAUGAUAGUGCGGAAUCUCACCCAUGCUAAUCAAGAGCUUGAAGUGAAACUGAAAAUCAGUCAAGAAGAAGUACUGAGCUUCCUGGGAAAAUACCAAAAUAAAUCUAGCAUGGGCCAAUCCCACCAUCUAAUACAACUGGAUGUCACCCAUUCAUUCCAGGUAAUCCAACAGUUCAACAUUUGGCUUAAUGGACCAGACUCUGGAUUUGAACUCUACCCUCAAUUUCUUCAACAGAAUUGGUCACAUUUCCCGCAAACUAUUCAGGCCCAGGCCAGUCUAAGCUGUCACGGCCAAAACCGCCUCAACGGAUCUUUUGACCUCCACACCAAUUCACGGAAUCUAAUAUUCCUGGAGGCCAAUUUUGCCAAUGAGAUAAAAAGAAACAUCCGAGCCUUUCGUGCGAGCGCUGCCCUAAAGCAAGAUGUUCUAGAUCAACUUAAAUACCUGGGGCUGCAGUUCCUGAGUAAGGUGACACCAUCAAGGCUGCUGUUGACAUCAUCAGUAAAGUUGAAUCAUCGUUCCUUCCAGGUGGGCGUUUCAGGAUCCAAGGAACAGAAAGCCGGUGUGGUGACCCUCCGUGGCCACGUGCAACACAACCUCGAAAGCAUACGGCUCAUCGUACCUCAAGAUUUCUCCCUUAAUGGUUCUCUGAAGCACCGAAUCAAUUUUAACGAAGGUCUUGUGACCGUUGCAGUGAACCGCUCCAUUUUUUCCAUUCAUGUCCGAAGGAAAUGUCUGUUUGGAAAUGAAAGCUUCUCUAGCAUGAGGGUGACUGUGACCCAGGAUGGCGGUAAUAUCUUUUCAGCCCAGGGCAAACUGAAAAAUUCCCUGGAAUUGAAACGAAGAAUCCAAAGGGAUGAAGCCCAUGUCCAGAAGGGUGCAAGAGCUCUCUGUGUUGACCCUGCAGAUAUUUUCCUUCAGAAUGAGGUUGGAUUCACAGGCACACUCACACACAACAUCAGCCACUGCUAUGCAAUAGGACUUCCCAUGGAAAGUAGCAUCAAGGCCAUGUAUGGUCACAAUGAUACUUACCAGACAGUAACUGUGGACCUUCAAGGGGGCAACCAGAAGAUUAGUGUCAUGUUUGAAGUUGAGAAGUUGCAUCCAGAAGCCCUUCAAACCCAGUUCACUGCCGUCAUUAACCAUAGUAUUGCAGAGCUGAAGAAACAUGGCCUUCCAUCUCAGGUCCAGUGUGAUGGAGAACUCGGAUCUCAUCGGCUUUCUGUCCAAUGUAGUGGAGAGUUGGCAAAUCAUUCUUUAGAGGAUCGUGGCUUCCCAAAUUACGCACAGGUCAAUGGAUCGCUUCUGAAGGAGGGUGGCCGAACAGAGUUCUUCAGCAGCCUGCAAGUGGGAGACCAAGAGUCCUAUUUCACAAUAACAACCAAGUGCCAGCCAAAGUUCAUUUUAGAAAUGGAGCUAAGACACGGGCUUUCAUUCUUCAGCAGGGUCCCAAAAGAAAAUAAGCUGAUUGUCCAUUGUGGGAGACGACUCAAGCAUGCCCUAAGCUUGGAACUGAAAUCUGGACUUUGCCAACUCCAAGCCAGCUUGGAGAUCAAUGCAGGAAACCGAUCCCAGUGGCAAGCAGUGAUGGAGAACUCCUGCCACAUGAUACAGGAUCUUGGAAUCCCAACAAAAAUGAAUGGAUCAGGGCACGUAUUAAAGGAUAAGGUCAAUCUUGAUUCUCAAGUGGUGCUUACUGUUGGUGGAAACACUGUCGCUGCAUUCCUCCUAUUAAAAGGCACGGCUACUAGACAAGAAUUUCACGCACUUCUGGAUCAACACAUCAAAGGGGCCACUCACUCUGGCAUUCCUGCAAGGACAGAAGUGGAUUUAAUUUCAGAAAAGAGUAGGAACCUUUGUGAAAGGCUGCUUCAAUUCAAGGUGGAUGGCAAGCAGGCCUUGGUGUCUUCUUCUCUCAAGCGUGGAAGAGCCCAGAUUGCUUAUUCUGCCAUUAUCGCACAGCCUUUUAACUUCACGAUGAAGCACAUUGAGGUUAGCUCCCUGACCCAAAGCCACAAAGGAGCAUAUGCGCAACAGAUGCAAAUAGCUUGGAACCAUGGCCAGCCGGCCUGGAUGAACUUCACGUUUGGAGACAAGUCCAGGGUGAGGGACACAUUUUGGGAUACUUGUAUCACAGCUUCUUCUGGACAGCUUAAAAACAUCCUAACUAUUGCAAGUCUCCAGGCCUGUGGCUCCCUUAAGCAGACAGCAGCCAUGUUGAAUCAGCACCUAGAUCUUACAUGGGAUAACAAGAUGGUUGUACAACAUCUGACCUAUGAGAGAAGCCAAAAGUUGCAUCAGGAUAAAAUGCUGGUACAAGCUACUUUAAAGAAUCUCUUGACCUCGUGUUCCCAUCAGCGUAUUCUGGGAAAAGUUGAAACGGAUUAUUCGUCUUGGCUAAACUAUGACGUGAGACUCGGGAUGUGUGAUCUCCCAAAUGCAAUUGCUCUUUCCGGAAAAUUCCAACUAAACCAGGGAGACACUGCCGUACGAUCCGAAGGGAAAAUCAGCCUUGGAGACAAUGAAGGGGCAAUUAUGGUGGCUUUACAGAACAACAGCAAGCUGGAAAUGAGGAACUACUCGGCGGAAUUUUCACUAAAAGGACCUGAGGCUAUUUGGAUGGAUGUGAAGGCCUAUGUGACCUCUUCAGUUGAUCAAAGCCAAGUCCUUGUUGAGGGAAAGAUGGAUCAACCAAACGAGAAAGUGAAAAUAAUAGCCAUCAAAGGGAAAGGGUGUCUUCGGUAUUACACAGGAUACUUGAAAGGAAAUUCUGAGGACAGACUAGAAUUUGCAGCUUGUAUGAAUGGUCAAAAGCAUGUGGCACUCAACGCUCGCCUCCUUGUAAACAGACAUGAAGAAACAGGAUAUGUCACCAUGGAAGCAUCUAACCAAAGUCUAAAUCUGAAGGCCCAUGGCUGUUGGGAUCUCAUCAUGAAGACUGAGUCAAAACUGGGUGAGAUUGCAUCUGAUCUCCAGCACAGACUGGCGGCAAAAAUAAAAAAAGGGGAGGAACGUAUUCAGGACUUCAGAAAAUCGAUCCAGCACAUUGAAUUUCUGUAUGAUGCUGUCAGCUGGUCUUUAGAAGCCUCCCAAGAGAUGGUACAACUCCUGCACAGUGGGACAAGCCACAUUGCUCAGAUGUGGGAGCAGAGUGGAUUUAAGCAACUCCUACGGGAUCAUCUCCCCAUGUACCUGAGGAAGCUUCAAAGCAUCCUACAACAGAUCCAACUGGAGCUGCAAAAGCCACUAACCACCCUAAAAGAUGCCUACUAUGAUGUGACUUUGAAACCGUUGGAUGAAGUUUGGCAACAGAAGACCGAUGCGUAUCUGAAGAAACUUCAGGCACUGGUGCCCAAUGUUGUGAAAGACGUAUGGCUGAUGGAACCCAUCCAGGUUGCAAUGAGAUUUCUGAAAACUGGCUUUGAUAUGGCAACCCAACAGAUACUACACUGGGCAGAAGCCAAAUUAUCCCGAAUGUUGAGCAAGUUCCGAAAAUCUAUAUCGAAUCUGUACAGAUUUUCAUCCAGGAACUGUUCUGUGGCCCUGAGUUUGCCUGCCAUGCCCGAAGGAGAAGCCACAUUAGAUUUGGUCAACCUCACAAACCACAUCAUCGAAGAGAAAGUCAUGAAGUCCCUUAGAGGCCUAUAUCACAUCAAUCUGGCUGCAGAAUAUUACAAAUUCAAGCGAGCCAUCAUGGAGAGCCCUUUUGAACAUCAUGCCUUGUUGAUGGGUACCAAGCACCUGUGGACAUUUGAUGGGAAAAUGUACAGCUUGACCUCCAACUGUAGUAUACUGCUGGCCAAAGAUUUUUCCCAGAAUGCCUUUACAGUCAUCCUAAACCAGAGCAGUGGUGUGGACAGGUCUCUAUACCUCAACAUGAACAAAAGAGUGGUCAUCCUUUACCCUGAACAGAAGAUCUACAAGCAGUACAACACUUCCCUGCUGAAGGACUGCGGGAGUUUUGACAUUCCUCUCCAAGGAAAUGGCACCACCGUCCAGGUGGACACAAACCAUGUUGAAAUGAUUGCAGCUGAUGGAGCCUUGAUUUUCUGUGACCUUGGCUACGACUUCUGCACCUUCACCUUGGAUGGAUGGCAUCAUGGUGUGUCUGCUGGUCUUUUGGGUACCAACGAUAAUGAAGCUGGCAAUGAAUGGAUGCUUCCGGACCGCUCCCUGGCUAAGAGCUUGUCAGAAUUCAUACAAGCCUGGCAGGUGAACGGCCGUUGCAGUGAGGUCAAGAGAGAUGACAAAUCUUGCAUCCAUGCGCAGAGCGCUGAAAUCUGUCAGACUUUUUUCCAGGAGUCCACCUCCCCUUUUAGGAACUGUUUUGGAGUGGUGAAUCCUGAACCGUUCUACCACUGGUGCAAAGCUGAUCUGUGUGAAGUGCAGAGCAUCAAAGCAGCCUGUAAUUUAGCUGCAGCCUUCAGGCACCUGUGCAGUCGAAAUUUUGUCCCAGUAGAGAUGCCUCUUCGGUGUGAGACGGCAAAGUGAGACCGAGAAGCAGCUGGUUGCUUGCAAUCGACUAAAGGGAGGGCCCUCCUACUUAAAUUUCCCAUCAGUCCAAGCUCAACUCUAACAAGAUCAUCAGCUUCAUCUUACAAACUUAGUCCUGUGUUGGCACAAUGAAAAGACUGGAGAUGCUGUUAAAAAUAAGCUUUGACUGUUGCAAUAGCUACCAACUGCUCCACCAUCUGGAAGAAGUCCUCAAACUGCUUCUGCUUGUGUUUGCCAUAUUAAAGAAGAUACAACUUGAAAAGUAUCUGGCAAAGGGUUCUCCUGAAAGAGAUGAAGAAUGUUAAAUUAGAUCUCCUUGUAGUCAUCAGUUUAGAAUAAUUUUGGAGAAGACUUGUUCUAGAUUUUUUUUUUCCUGCUGCUCCUAAUGACCAAAUAAGGUUUCGUUUAUAUUCAACCAUGUCUGAGAUAAAUCAUGUUGAAUUGGAAGGGCCUUGGUGGCUGAAAUCACCUUUCCGCUUCGUGUUCUGUACAGCAGCUUAUUCUUCGGAAUCUUCCCAUUUUCAGAUGAUACAAAAAUCCACUCUUCUGGAAACUUUUAAACCCCCUGCAUAGAACAUACUUAAACACGCCCUGAAAACAAUCUCUGAGGAAUCUCUGACUUGCUAUAGGACUUUAGAACCAAAAACAAAAUAGUUAAAUAAAAAGCAGAAUAGUUAAAUAAAAAGCAAAAUUAAAAUGUGAAA